AAAAUCUUAUAGCAUUUUGCCUUUUGAAACUGCAAGGAAAGUAAAACUCAAUGUUUCAUCUAACUUUGUAUUUUGUUGAUUAAUGAAGUUCUAACUAGCUCAUCCUUCAUUAAAUCUGCCUUAAGUUAUGUUGUUACAUUUUGUAGCAUGGAUAGGUGGAAGCAAAUAUCUAUGUAAGGCAUUAAAUAAUCACUACUUCUCUAUUUUUACAGUAUUAGCAGUAUCUUUUUCAAGCUCAUUUACUUCUCAGACCACUGACUGCCUUCAGGUGAGAGAGCAAUGUAUAAAUGCUGCUAAUGGAUGUGAAAGUGUCUGGAAUAUAAUUGAAGAUGUCUGCAACAUUUCAGGUAACAGCUGCAAAGCAAAAGAUUCUGUUGUCUGCAAUAAAGCCAUACAGUUCUUAGCUGACCAGUAUCCAAAAUUUAAAAGCUGUAUCUGCACCAAGAAUGAUUCUUGUAGCAUCGAAAUGUUGCUUGAACAACAAUGUGGCCUUAAGAAAGAACAUAUGGACCCUUCAGCAAAUUCAGAUAUCCAGUUAAACUUCACGCUGCACACAAAGCACAAAGACCUAAAACACACAGGUGAACGAGAAAAUGACUGCAAUAUUGCAAAGCAAAGCUGUCGAGAUGACCGCUACUGCUUUGUGGAGUAUAAGAACUUCCAAAGGGUAUGCAGAGCAGAGGUAGCACAAUGCAGUCUCCAAGUUGUUGGGAAACAAUGUUUGUCUGCGUGGAAGAACCUGAGAAAAACAGUCUUAGGGAAUUGCAGGUGUUCAGAGCCACUUCAAAAACGGUGUACUAAAAUAUGGAAAAGCAUCUUUAAUAACACCUGUCUACAGCAUGCAAAGGAGAAUAUAGCUUUUGAUGAAGAAGACUAUGAUGAUGAGAGAAAUCAGGACGCUGGUACAGAUAAUAUUAACAUGGAAACUAAAUUACAGUGGAAUUUAUCUGCUCUUUCCAAACAAGAACACACUGAGAAUGGGACAUGUUUGGAUGUAAACAGGGCAUGUAUUGAAGAUGAAGUGUGUAACAGACAGCUAUCUCUGUACCUUAAAGUUUGCUCAGUGAAUAAAAAGUGCAACAUGAAAGAAUGUCAAGCAGCCAUAAGGUUCUUCUAUCAAAAUAUGCCUUUUAAUGUUGCCCAGAUGUUGACAUUCUGUGACUGCACCCAACUUGAUAAAUCUUGCCAAAAAGCUAAAGAACUUCUUCAUGGAAAGCCAUGUGCAGUCAACAUAGUGCCCCCUCCUUCGUGUCUAAGCAUAAUUCACCAAUGCCAAAACAAUGAAUUAUGCAGGAAAAAAUAUGAAAUGUUUUGGUCAAUGUGCUGGAGGCAUGUUACAAGAAGAUGCUAUGAAGAUAAAGCUUGUCUUGAAACAUUAAUCAAGGGUGAUAUGACUUGCUCUGAAAGUGCUGACUGCAGAGCAGCUUACAUUGGCAACUGGGGUACCAUGCUUCGGGUAGACUGCUCCUGUAAUACUGUACCAUUAGCUGAAUUGCCUCUAUGCAAGCUCUUUCAGCACAUGCUUCAUGGAAAGUCCUGUUUCAAACAGAUUUCAAGUGAAAAAACAAAUUUUCAUUGGAUUCAUACUGAUAGACCAGGAGAAAAGCUUCCCAGGACAAGGUUACAGUCAUCAUUUAAGGGUGAAACAAUCCACAUUAUUGCAUACACUUCCUGCAUAAUACUAAUCUUGGGAAUUGUCAUGUUGGCUCUACUAAAGACCAGAGUCUGCAGAACAGCAUAUCAGUCAAGACAUACCUCACCUGACCAUUCCUCUGAGACUUUUGUGAUCCAUUAGCAGGCAUUAGAGAAUCAACUGCAUUGGUAGCCCUUUUAAGACUACCUUUGGUGAAGCAGCUACUGUACAUUUACAAUAAUAAAAUAUAUGUUAUAACAGCUAGCAAGCUAUGGGAUUCCAUGUCUGAAAGUAUGAAAUAUUUUUAUAUUGAAUUACAUAUGUACAACAUUUAACAAAUAUACAAAUAUUAAAACUGAGCACUCCCUCUUUCUCACCUGUGUCAUUGCUAUAUCCUGUGCUAUAUAUUUAUUCCAUCUUUAGAUUAUCAGUUUAUUGUAUACAACAUGAAAUUGGGCUAGCCAGGUGGCAAACAUUUUUACCAAACUUUACCAAUAUGCAUCCUGAGUUAGCCAUAUACCACCAAGAGAGGGAAAAAAUUUAAAGAAAUGUUUCAGAGUGUUUUUAACAAUCUGCAGGUUCCUGCAGGUUUGGAACACAAGUUGCAGUGAGGAAGAAUGGGAAGAUAACACCAGGAACUUCUAUGUUCUUGGAGAAUUUUGCAAUAGCUCUGAGCAACACACUGCACCUCAUAGCUACAAGCAGCAGCACCGAACUCAAACAGCUCUUUUACUAAAGAUCCCAUCCAAAUGGAGUCCCUUUAUUAGUGCAAAGAGUUCUGUGCAUGAAACAAAACCUAGGGAUAGUACUCCUUUUUUGUACCUCCAUGCCAGACUCCUUUAGUACAAGGAGUAAAAAUGUCCAGACCUAGAGAAAGAAAGAAAUUAGUUGCAAACAUACUUUGGAAAAGUCCAGUCUUCAUAUAAAGUAUCUUUGUUUUUGUAAUAGCAGUGAGAUUUUGAAAGUUCCACCCAUGGGACUUGAAACU